AUGGCGCACUCUGAUUUGCAAGUGUCCCGGAGUCCGCCGGUCAUGUUCCCGACGAAGAGCUCGGCAACCGAAUCGACCUGCAUGGAUAAGAGCGCUUUAUCCCUCAGCAUGUCCGCUUCAUUCUCCCACAGCGAGGGCAAUGCUUCUGUCACAGACAGGCAACGUAUGCUACCUAGCGAGGAGACAACAUGCUUCCCGCGACUCCCGCAGCCGCCUGAAGCUUGGGCCUGCGCAAGGCCAGAGGAGCCAGUGGCCGUCCGACGAAGGAUUUCAGGCAGGGUGGUCCCCUACGAUGAGAUCGACGCCUAUUCCGUGGCACUAAGCAGCGUGUCGGAUGAGGCUGCCGGCAAAGGCAGCCGCGAGCGAAGUGCCCGCGGCACAAAAGGCGGGCUGGCACAAGAUUUCUACCACGAACGAAGACUGAUCAACGAACCCGCGCCGGCUGGCCAGAUACCACGGCCGUCGCUGUCCCUCAUCGAAUCCGAUCUGGAGCAGCUCUAUGCGGCGGCACGGGCGCCCCACGCCUGGAAUCAUUCGUGCGAGCCAGAGCUGCAUGACACUCGGCUGGUGGAGGCGGAGCCACAUUCCUUCGCACAACGCGAGGAUCUGGAUUGCUCCAUUGUGCCGGUGCUCAG